GUCUCUUCUUGCAAGAUUGCUAUUUUUCAAAUUGAUAUAUGAAGAGAAACUGCUAUUUGGGUCUUCGUCUUCAUUCUUCAUCAAUGAAUGAGACGUUGAACAUGCACAAUAAACUUGCAGCUAUUCUUCAUGCUCAUGGACGCCACUGCAUAUUUGACAGAGCAGAACUUCAGGCAAGAGUAAUCAUAUGGUUAGCAAGUGGAGGAAUGGAGGAAAGCACAGGGUUGCAUUCUCAAGCAUUAUUAAUACAUGUCUCGCGAGGCCUUUCUAUGAAGAAAUCACUUCAGAAUUUCCUCCAGAGGAGAAAGAAAAGGUCUCAAAGCAACAUCUCCAAUUGUAAUCCUCAAUGACAAAAAUGUAUGAAUAAAUCCUCGUCCCUUCUAGGGGCAGCCUCAGUCUGUAUCACUAUACUAUCUGGUCUGGAUACAUUUCUUGAAUGAACAAGGGCUCUUCCAAUCACCACCACCAUACCUUUGUUUCUCAAACAUAUUAAUUCAUAUUUAUGUGUUUCAGACCAUACCAUCUGGAAUCAAUCAACGUGCUUCUUAUUUUAGAUUAACUCUUAGCUACUGAGACUUAGUAAUUCGUUCCAGGUUCAAAAUUCAGUAAACUCCAGCACAAUACCCGGGAAGAAUGAGUAUAUUAGAAGAUGUUGAAAAUGGAUAUGCAUCUUUAAAAUUAAUGUAAUCAUAGUUGUGUUGAGUUGAGGAGUAAAAAAUUAUUUAUUUUAGUU